AUGAUUACAGCUGAUGAUUGUCGUUGGCCACAAGGUCAAUAUGGUCUUCCAACACGUAAUGGAAAAUUAAAAGAAGUUGAUCGAUUUGAUGUUGCAUUUUUUAAUCUUCAUUCAAAACAAGCACAUAAUAUGGAUCCACAAUUACGUCUUUUACUUGAAGUUACAUAUGAAAGUAUAUAUAAUGCUGGAAUAAAUCCAAUAAAAUUAAAAGGUACAAAAACUGAUGUUUUUAUUGGUGCAAAUGGUUCAGAUGCUCAAAAUGUAUUUUCAUCCGAUCCUCAAACAUUUGAAGAUUAUAGACCAUCAUCUUAUACUGUUGAUACAGCUUGUUCAUCAAGUCUUUUAGCACUUGAUUGUGCAUUAAAUGCAUUACGAAAUGAUUCAUGUCAUGCUGCCAUUGUUGGUGGUGUUAAUCUUUGUUUUCGUUCUCAAACUUCAGUACAAUUUCUUAAAUUACACAUGCUUUCAAAUGAUGGUACAUGUCGUGCAUUUGAUUCAAAUGGUACAGGUUAUGUUCGAUCAGAAACAAUUGCUACUAUAUUUAUACAAAAACGACAAGAUGCCAAACGUUUAUAUGCAACAUUGUUACAUUCAAAAACAAAUGCCGAUGGUUGGAAAAAAGAUGGUAUUAUAUUUUCAAACAAUGAAAUGCAAAAAAAAAAAUUACUUGAAAAUAUUUAUAAAGAAAUUCAUCUUGAUCCAAAUCAUGUUGGUUAUGUUGAAGCACAUGGAACAGGAGCACGUGCUAAUGAUCCACAAGAAAUGAAUUCAAUUACAGAAGUAUUUUGUAGUAAACAUCAUCAACCAUUAUUAAUAGAUUCAACGAAAUCAAAUAUGGGUCAUCCAGAACCAGCUUCAGGUGUUGCUGCUUUAGCAAAAUUACUUGUUGCUUUACAAAAUGGACAUAUACCUGCUAAUUUACAUUAUAAUUCACCAAAUAGAGAUAUACCAGGUCUUUGUGAUGGCCGUCUUAAAGUUGUAACAGAAAAAACAAAACUACCAAAUAAUUUAAUGGCAAUUAAUUCAUAUGGUUUUGGUGGUACCAAUGUUCAUGCCAUACUUCAAGCAAAUUCAAAUCGAAAAGAAAAUGAAAAUUUAUCACGAAAUGAAAUAUGUCUUGCAUUUGCUUGUGCUCGUACAGCGGAUGGAUGUGAAAAUAUUCUUAAAAAUUUAAAAGAAUAUGAAAAUAAUAUUGAAUUACAAGCAUUAAUUACAGAAAAUUCAUUUCAUCCAUCACGUACACAUACAUAUCGUGGUUUUACUUUAUUAAAUCCAUCAGAAUCAUCAACAAUAGUUAAAAAAUGUAAUAAUGAACGACGAUUAGUAUGGUUUGUAUUUUCAGGUUUGGGUACACAAUGGUCUCGUAUGGAACGCGAUUUAAUGAAAUUAAAAUUAUUUCGUCAAUCAAUUGAAAGAAGUUCAAUUAUACUUAAAAAAUAUAAUAUUGAUCUAUUUCAACUUAUUUUAUCAUCAACACCACGUGAUCUUGAUCAUCCAAUUAAUAAUUUUGUUAGUAUUGCUGCUAUACAAAUUGCAUUAGUUGAUUGUUUAAAAACUAUGGAUGUUGAACAAGAUGGUAUUGUUGGACAUAGUGUUGGAGAAUUAGCUGAAGAAACAAUUUUAGCUGCUUAUGUUCGUGGUAAAUGUGUUCGAGAUGCAAAUCUUCCAGCAGGUGGUAUGGCUGCUGUUGGUUUAACAUGGGAUGAAUGUAAACAAAUGUAUCCAUCAGAUAUCGUCUCGGCAUGUUAUAAUACAAUUGAUACAGUUACUGUAUCAGGUCCUAAACAAAGCAUUGAAAAAUUUGUUAAAACACUUAAAGAAAAAAAAUUUUUGCUAAACAAGUUGCUUUUCAUUCACAUUAUAUGA